CUCAGCAAGGCAGUCGGGGGGGGGGCUGGGCUUCCCGUGGAUCCGGCAUCCGGGCCGCAGACACCCGGCGGAGGAGGGAGGGUGCGGGCGCAGGUGCGGGCGGGGCCUGAGAACCUCGGCGCUUUCGUCCGGGCUUUAUAAAGGCUUUGGGGGCGGCUAGGGGGCGCAGUCGGCCGGGAGUGGGAGGAGAGGUGGCGCGCGCCGGAGGACCAGCGACCCGCAGCCGCCCACUCCCCGGUUCGGUCGCGUCUGCCCCCCUCCACCCCCCAAUUCGGCCCCGCCCCCCCUUGGCUCGCACCCGCCCUCUCCCUCCUGCAGGAGCCGCGGCGGGGCCGGCUGGCGCUUUCUAGUGUGGGUGAGGGCGCCGGGCGGUGACCGUCCCCCGACUCCAGCCUCCGCGGGGUGGCCUCCAUGAGUCUCGUGCGGAGCCCGGAAAGCGAAGCCGCUCCGGAAAGUUAGUUCACCGACUCCCGGGCCGCAAGCUUUCAGAUUGAAAGGAGGAAUUUCCCAAAUUCUCCGGAAGCCAGAACCCACGCUGUACCUCGUAGCGGAUUUCCACAGCCUCCCAGAAGCUGGACUCUGCAGAUCCGAUUGGGUGCAGGUUAAUCGCGGAGAGUGGACGAAGACACUAUCUCUGAAAAAAAUCUAUCCUUAUUUCCUUUGAGAGGCGUCAGAAGGCAACCUCAGAGUCUAACCCUUCCCUUGCCAGCUCCGAGACUCCCAGGCAGGUCAGAUCCUGAGACACAUCAUGUCCAAUUUCGAAGAUGCUGAUACUGAAGAGACAGUGACUUGUCUCCAGAUAACUGUUUACCAUCCUGGCCAGCUGCAAAGUGGAAUAUUCCAAUCAAUAAGGUUUUAUAACCGAGAAAAACUUCCCUCCAGCGAAGUGGUGAAAUUUGGCCGAAAUUCCAACAUCUGUCAUUAUACCUUUCAGGACAAACAGGUUUCCCGAGUUCAGUUUGCUCUGCAACUGUUUAAAAAGUUUGAUAGUUCAGGUCUCUCUUUUGAAAUUAAAAAUAUGAGUAAGAAGACCAGUCUGCUUGUGGACAACAAGGAGCUGUGCUACCUAAAUAAAAUAGACCUGCCUUACAAGUGCAUGGUCAGAUUUGGUGAGUAUCAGUUCCUGAUAGAGAAGGAAGAUGGAGAGUCGUUAGAAUUUUUUGAGACUCAGUUUAGUUUGUCUCCAAGAUCGCUCUUGCAAGAAAACAACUGGCCACUACAGCAUCCCAUACCUGAGUAUGGUAUUUACUCAACCUGUUCCACCCAAAACACUUCUCCUACAGAAAUGGAUGAAAACGAAUCGUGAACACAGAAGGCUAAGAGGAGGAUCAUGAAGGAUGAAGAAGUCUGUAGACAUUUUAUGGAUACUUCACAGUUUAUUAGUAUAUCACUGUCAUCAGUUGUUAAAUUUGGGAUCUCUUAUUAUCAUUUUGGAGUCUUUAAAUUGUAUUAGUCAUCAGUUUAGUCAUCUGUUGCAUUCCUAGAUGUAUUUAGGAAUUAUUAAGUAUAUUCCUAAGAAUUAUGAGGUGUAUUUAAGUGUACAGCUGUGAGGUUUAAUGUACAAGAAGUAUCCGUGGUGAUGAAGGAAUAGUGUUCUCAAUAAGGUUAUAUUAUUUUCUUUUUAGGCUUGCUUAUAGUCCUAUGUUUUGUUUUGUAAGGAACCAUCUCUUGGUUUGGUCAUAUUAUUUCACAAGCAGCCAUUUGUUUUCAGGGUCAAGGCUGUGGACAUGUAGCCUGUUGGUACUUGCAGUACUGGAUUGCUAGCAUAAUGUGUUUUGGAGUAAUGUCAAUGCAUCAUUGUGGUUUUAAUAUAGAAAGCCCUAUUUGAGCAAUACCUUUUCUAUGAUUUCUUUUCUAUAGAAUAAUAGUGUUUAUUUCCAAAAAUAGAGUUCUCCUUGUGUAUAGUUAGCAUCCAAAACCAGUAUUUUGGACAUUUUAAUGAAACAGUGUUAUGUUUAGAAUUCUUUUUCAGUUUUCUUACCAAAUAUUAAUUUGACUUUUAAGUACCACCCAUUUUUAAAUUCCAUGAAUUUGAAAUUUUAGCAGCAUCCAUGCAUAUAAUAAAGUCAGUUUAAUUCUGUAA